GGUGCCGUUUUCUUUCUCUCUGAUUCAGAAACUUGGUUUUUUUUCUGACUAGGGCUUUCAACCUCUAUUUAUUAUACUGAAAUCAAUGCUCUCUUCUCUGUUUUAUCACUCCACUGCCUUCUGUUUCCUUUUACACUCUUAUUCAUCUCUUCUUUGAAUUGUCGCUUCUUAAUGUCUGUUGGCUUUUUGAGCCCUUCAUUUUUAUGUUUUUUGUUUUUUUCUUUUAAGUUUUUAAACUUCCCUUCCUUGCUUGGGAAAUGGUAGCUUCAUAAAUAUUGUCUUCUUUGCUACCAUCUUCUUUGCCCUUCUUGUGCUCUUUAAUUUUACUUCUCCCUUUUGAAGUUUUUAUUCCAUUUCAACCUCUGUGACUUGGGAGAUUUCAAGUAAUUUCUUGAAUUGGGAGAGUUUAUAUAAGUUUGAACUGCUGUGUUCUUGUUUAUGUUGUUUCUCUUGUUAUGUACUUCAUUGUGAAAAGUUCAUUGAUUCUGCUGGGAGUUGAGUAGCUUUUGAAGAUUGUGGUUAAUAGCAACUGCAAAAGUUUGGUAUCUUAUACAUGCUUCUUCUUGGUAUCUUAGUCAACAGAUUAUGGAUAUUGGCGACAGAGAUAAAUUUAGACUAGAAAGUAGCAUAGAGGGUACUGUUAACUGUUCGAAUAGCAUGUCAUCGGAUUGGCAAUUUGGCGAGACGACUCUCACGAGUAUGCCGACUGGUUUGGUUUUGCCAGGAAAUGUGGAUGUAGUUAGGAAUCAGGAUAUGGUUGGUUGUUCUUCUUCCACUGCUUCUGUGGUAGAGUCGUUUAGCUCCACUAUCUGGGAACAAUCAGCUCAUUCUCAAAACUUGGGAAUUAGCAACAUUCAAGGCCAUAACAACUCCAAUACUUCAAAUAUAAUAGGAAUUAGUAAGGCCAGCGGCUGUCCAGUUUCUUCAAGCAGUGACAUUGAUAGAACACUUGACAUCAGCUGGAACCUAUCCCACAAUAUUUUAAAAGGGGGUGUUUACCUACCUAAUAUUCCGGGCAUGCUCCCGCCGAGUUUGUCUCAACUUCCAGCUGAUUCUUCAUUCAUUGAGCGUGCAGCCAGGCUUUCCUGCUUUAGUGGAGGGAAUUUCGGUGAUAUUGUUGGACAUUUCAACAUUCCUGACCCUGUGGGUGUUUUUUCCAGAGGUAUGGGAGUAAUACCUGACAGAUGGGAUGAGAUUCCACGAAACGGGUUAGGUUUGGCAUCUGUGACGGGAGGACAAUCUCAAAGAAACGUGAUUAACAGUGAAACUUCAAAGCCUGUUUGUUUGACUAAUGAACAUGGAGCUACUGAAACGGAUUCACCUAAAAAUGGAAGCCCUUUGAAAUUGGAUGAUCGUGGUAAACUUGCUGUUGAUGGUUCUGCUAAUGAAUCUGAUGAAGCUGAGUGUAGCGGUGGUGAUGGUUUGGGUGAGCCAUGCACGUUAGAGGCCACGGGUAAGGAACUUUCUGCCAAGGGUCUCGGCACGAGGAAAAGGAAAAGAAGUGGACAGACUGAACUUGAUCAAGCCAGUGGACCUCUUCAACAAACUACUGUUUCACCAAAGGAUGAUGCUGAAACUCACCGAAAAAGAGAUCAAAAUCCGAAUUCAACUGCAAACAAGGGUACAGGAAAACAUGGUAAACAGGCAUCUCAACCUUCUGAUCCUCCAAAGGAAGAGUAUAUUCAUGUUAGAGCUCGAAGGGGCCAGGCAACAAACAGCCAUAGUCUUGCAGAGAGGGUAAGGAGGGAGAAGAUCAGUGAGAGGAUGAAGUUUCUUCAAGAACUAGUCCCUGGUUGCAGCAAGGUUACUGGAAAGGCAGUGAUGCUUGAUGAAAUCAUCAACUAUGUCCAAUCACUGCAACGACAAGUCGAGUUUUUGUCAAUGAAACUUGCUACCGUAAAUCCAAGGUUGGAUAUAAACAUCGAUGGAGUUGUAACCAAAGAUAUUCUUCAAUCACGAGUUGGUCCAUUGUCGACAUUGGGAUUUUCUUCGCAUAUGCCCGUUGCUUGUCCUCCACCUAAUAUUUCUCAUCAUGAACUUAUCCCAAGCAAUUUUCCUGCCAUAGGGAGCUCUGAGAUGUUAAGAAGCACAAUGAAUUCUCAUAUGACUCAGAGGUCUGGUGGAUUUAAGAAUCCUUCUCAGAUAAAGAAUGUGUGGGAUGGUGAACUCCAAAACAUUGUGCAGAUGAGCUUUGGGAUGCCCACUCCCCCAAAUUGUUAGAAGUUGAAGGAUCUGAUUCAUCAGGCAGAACAAAAAUUGAACAUUGAAAUUCUUCUUGAUUGCCAAGAACCAUUUCUGCUUCUUCGUGUACAGGUGCAUUUGUGUUAGUUUUAGUACGAGAUUCAUCGCCGCGAACUAUUUCUUCUUCGUGGUAAAAUGUGAAAGAAAUUGUGAGAUUUAGUUGUCCAAUGUGAUAUAAGAAAUACCAUUACUGUAUUUGGAGCUGCGCUACUCUAGCGGGUAACUGAAUCGGAGCUGCAGAUACUAAUCGAGGCAGAAAAUUGCCCUGUGACAAUCACCCAAAACUCAAUGACCCGGUAGAGUAACUAGUUUCCAAUCUCAUUAGUUCAUAUUAUAGGGGAGUCCUUGCCUUAGUCUUUGUAUAGAGGGGUCAGAGGAUUCGAUAUCUAAAAACCAAGGAACAGCUUGAACUUAUUGUGUUUUCUUGUUAAGAAAAUGAGAAAACAAAUGAUAAUGUGUGAUUUCACUUCCUGAAAUGGAUUGGCUGCACUUUUAAAAA